UUUAUCUCUCUCAUUUCUCCGUUCUGCCUCUCCUAACCUUUCAGGUCAGAUUGCAGGAGGUCGCUGGAGAGACACCGUCACGUGACCCCCGGUGCCAAAUGGUCUUCCGGCAGCAGCUCUCAGCAAGGACCGGAGCACACGAAGACGCCGCCACCUCUCUCAGAAAUGCAGAAGACAACCUACUACGACAACUCCUCUGCGCUCUUCGGUGGCUACUCGUCCUACCAGGUGCAGGGGGCGGCGGUGGCGGCGGCAGCGGCGGCUGCCAACGGCUUCGGGGGCUACGAUGCACCGGUCCCAGUGUCCCACCACCAGCCGGCCUUCCAGUCAGCGGCCCACCUGGACGUGGAUUCGUACCAGCGCUCGGCCUGCUCGCUACAGUCACUGGGCAGUAACGGCGGCCACCAGCAGCAGCAGCUAGCCAAGACCAAGGAGCUGAACGGCAGCUGCAUGCGGCCCAGCCUGCCCUCCGAGCACCACCCGGGCUCCCAGGUGUCCCCUCCACUGCCCCCCAACCCCAGCAACGGCAAUAACGGGGCCCAGCAGCCAGGCGGCGCCGCUGGGGCCUCCUCCAUCUCCAAAUCGGGCCCCAAUAAGUCGUCCAACUCUUCCUCCUCCAUAUCGUCCUCCACGUCGUCCUCCUCCUCCUCGCUGCCCCCCAACCCCUCUGUGGCCAAGCAGAUCUUCCCCUGGAUGAAAGAGUGUCGACAGGCGACCAAGCAGAAAAACUGUUCGCCCAGCAACAACUCUGGCAAUGCAUCAGGAGGAGCUGAGAGCGGCAGCAGCGGGGAGAAGAGUCCCACCGGCGGCUCGUCGGCGUCGUCCAAGCGGGCUCGCACGGCGUACACCAGCGCCCAGCUGGUCGAGCUGGAGAAGGAGUUCCACUUCAAUAGGUACCUGUGCCGGCCACGCCGCGUGGAGAUGGCCAACCUGCUCAACCUGUCCGAGCGCCAGAUCAAGAUCUGGUUCCAGAACCGGCGCAUGAAGUACAAGAAGGACCAGAAGUCCAAGGGCCUGAGCUCCAGUUCCGGGGGGCCCUCGCCAACCGGCUCCCCGCCCCUGACCAUGCAGUCCUCCGCCAGCUUCCUCAACUCCAUGCACCCCAUGGUAGGGGGAGGCGGGGUCGGCUACGACGUCCCGUCUCCGCCGUCCUUCAGCAAACCCCACCAGGGAGUGUCUUACUCCAUGUCCACUGCCUACUCCAACGUCCCCAUGAAGGGCUGUCCCCCCCAACAGAAGUACGGCGCCCCGGACUACGGCGACCCCCAUCCUCACCAUGGCCUAGUGCAGGCCAACAAUGCUGGCUACGGGACUCCCACCAACAUGCAGGCCAGUCCAGUCUACGUGGGGGGUGGCAGCUACGUGGAACCCAUGCCCGGCUCGGGGCCCUCCAUGUACGGGCUAAACCACCUCGGCCCCACACCACCUCACCACCAAACCAUGGACUACAACAGCGCGGGGCCCAUGUCGGCCGCCAACCAGCACCACGUGGGCGGAGGGGGCCCCCCGGGUCCCUGCGACCCGCCCACGCACCCGACGUACACCGAGCUGUCGGCUCACCACACCUCGACUCAGGGCAGAAUCCAGGAAGCACCCAAGCUCACUCACCUGUAGCAGGUUUGGAACAAAAACCGAAAACGUAGGAAGUAGUGAAGACAACACACAGAACGCGUGACACGACGCGACUCACUAACAGACAAACUAACAUGCGGGGACUCUACUGCUGCAACGGGAUGGCAGGAGAGACAAAGGGAGACAGACAGGGGCCGUCCAGUGGUUGGUCCUUUGCUCUACAGAGUUGUGUUGUCCAGCCACCUUGUUUCCACUGCCUUCUGAAUAGGGCUAAGCCUUCACUGUUCUCUUUAAAGUGCAGCUAAUUUGAUUUAAAAAACACAAUGGUUGUGCAUAUUAUUAAGUAGCAUGAACACAAACCAUUUAUGUUGCUCAAAAACCUAAACAAAAGGCACUCCGCAGUGUAACGGUACUGAAGUCAACGGUAGUUGCCAAACAUUUCCAAGUAUUUUUUUAAAAACCGGGACCAAAUUUACUAUUUUACAUCCUCGUACAAGGAAAUUAUUUCUUUUACACGAGCCUUUUUAGAGCAAUUUACACUCUUGAGCGUCCCAGGUGCAGCGAAGCAUAUUGUAGGCGCGGGAGAAGAAGUGUACAGUCAAUUGUCUCCCACGUCCCCCCCUGGGGACAAUAAAUGUCAGGAAGCUGAUCUGGCGGCACCGGUGCAGAGACAUAUCGGCAGCUGUACGGCACAACGGGAUCUGAAGGCGAGCCCCGUGGUUCAGUCUGAUAAUCCACUGCGCUGUCAAUCUGAAAACUACAAUGUGGACUAUUUCAGUUCUUGUGUUACAGAAUAUCUCAGAAACAGAAAAACAAACACAAAUGGCAGUGCAUUCUCUUUGCAUAAUGUGUUUAAGUUACACAGCAAAAUAAAUGCAAAGCGUUUUUUGUGUGUGUGUGUGUGUGUGUGGAGCACACUGCAGCUGUAGCUCAGCUAGCAUGUUUGGUGGAGCUAUAGUAUGUUGUUUAAAACUGUAAGUUGGUGAUAUAUUCCCCGCACACACACACACACACACAACAAGCAGCUCUCCCGCCUGGUGAAUGAAAUAGUUGAGAUUUGAAUGGGCGGUUUAACGAGGUGGUCAGAUUUAUGACGCUGAGCUCAUGGCAGCACGGGUUGUUGUCAGCCGGGCCGAGCUACGUGGUGAGCAGCACAUGUGUACAACAGAAAUGUACGAGGUUCCACGAGUCACAUUACAAACACACUGGAUGGUCCUCCCCUUCCGCUGUCUCCUCCCGCCUCCUGCCGGACCGAAUCACUACUAACCCACCGGCUCCUGUCUGUGGCAGCAGCACAUGGCUUCUGAAGGAGGCCAAAACAUGUUCCCACAGUCCGCCACAGACCCCCCCUCCACACACACACACACACACACACACACACAUCCAUCAACCACAUGUGCACCCACCGCUACCCUCCCAUCAAUCUAAACAGGGUUUAAGAAGCUACGAGCUCAAAGGCUAAGCUAGCUCCCAUGUAGACGCACAUCUGCGCUAAGCGAAGCUCGCGCCUCCACACGCACACACACGCACAGCAAUGCUAAGCUAGCUUCCGUUCGUUGACAUACAUCCACAGCCAGGUGAGCAGCUGUUGACAUCUUUACACAAACACAGGAGAGGACAUGGAAGAGACAUUUUAAUGUUCUUGUUUUAGCACAUCAUCGACACAGGGUAAAUAAUAAGAGUGGAGAACACUAUUUAUUUAUGUUUGGGUAAGUUAUUGCCCUUCUACCCCCCCUCUCUCUCUCUCUCUCGCUCACUCUCCCCCCCUCUCUCUUAUCACUUUGGAAGGUUUCUCUUUGGCUACAUUAGCGAACACCAAUGCAGAAUUUGUCCACCUUCUAUAUCGUUUUGUUUUGUUCUCACAUAUCUUGACUUUUAACGUGGAUACAGGGUAUAUAUUUGAACAAAAAUGCAUGUCCCAGAUAUGUGAGCUGAUGUGUGUCACACUUUGUUUUAUUAAAAACAACCGGGUUUAUUUGUUUGAACGGUCUCUGCUGUUCUGGAAAUAAACCUCCCGUAUUGUUUUUGUUUUUUUAAAGUGCAGAUCUACACAAAAGCUUUUCGAAUCCGGGCAUCAUUGUUGCACUUAGAGUUUACAUUUUGAUGGUUAAAGGUAAAAAAAAUAAUAAUGAUGAAAUCUUAUUUUGAAGACGGAAGGCCCUCCAAUCAAAGCGUCUUUCGCCAAUGUGUGUUCAAGUGAACAUUCAUAUAUAAAUAUUUAUUUGUUAUAGCCAGUUUAAAAAAAAUACUUUCUGUUUUGUAUUAUUAUUAUUUAUCCUUCAUGUAUUUAUAUCGAGAAAAAAUACUGUACUUUUUUAGUAUUUACCUGUUAUGAAAGGAAAAAAAAACGUUGUGUUUCUUCUUGUCCAUUGUACUGAAGUUACAUUUUAUUUUUUAGUUCUUGUAUUUUAGAAGAAUACGUAGUUUUUAUGUUCCUAUAAUGACCCUUGUACAUACAUGUCUUGGCUUGUACAGGGAAACAGGCAAGGAUGGGGAUCGGUGACCCGUCCGCGCAUAGUCGGAAACAUUUAGACAAACUACUAGCUGGAAAAAAAGGACGAGUCUUUCUUUUUUUGGGGAGAAAAACAACUUCUUUCUUUGUCCUUUGUAGCUCCUUUUUUUCUUUCAUUGUUGAGAGGGUUGUCUGUCGAACAAUUCUUUAAUAAAAUGUUAUGUUAUUCACA